AUGGCCGAUUCAACGACAAGUUUACCUCUUUUACCAAUCCCACCACUCAAGGAUACUUGUUCACGUUACUUAGCAGCACUUCAACCACUUCAAUCUACCGAAGAACAUCAAAUCACAAAAUCAAUUGUCGCAAAGUUUUUAGAAACUGAUGGUCCUCUCUUACAUGAAAAAUUAUUAAAUUAUUCUUCAAAUCGUUCAUCUUAUAUUGAAGAGUUUUGGUAUGAAGCUUAUUUACAUCAUACCAAUUCAGUGGUCCUUAACUUGAACCCAUUCUUCAUUCUAGAAGAUGAUCCUACUCCAUCUAGAGGUAAUCAACUUACAAGAGCUGCAUCUUUAAUUUUAGCUUCACUUAGUUUUAUAGAUGAUUUACGUAACCAUCAACUUGAAGCUGAUUCGAUUCGUGGUACGAAACUUGAUAUGAGUCAAUACUCUAAAUUGUUUGGUACGGCUAGGAUUCCUACGUCUAAUGGUUGUCAAAUCAAAACCUUUAAUGAAAGUAAACAUGUGGUUAUCAUGAGACGUGGUCAAUUUUAUUGGUUUAAUGUAUUGGAUUCACAACAUAGACCAUGUUUAACUGAACGAGAUCUAUUGAACAAUCUACAUUCGAUCAUUCAAGAUGCCGAUCAACUUCCAACCUCUGAAGUAGCUGAAAGAUCAAUCGGACUCCUCACCACCGAAACCCGACCGAUCUGGGCUUCGAUCAGAUCCGAAUUAUUAAUGAAUUCGAAUCCGAAUUCAGAUUACUUAAAGAUCGUAGAUGAAUCACUCUUUAUAGUAUGUUUAGAUGAUAGUAAUCCGAUCACAGCCAAUGAGAUGUGUUCAAGUUUUUUAAGUGGAACGACUCAAUUAAAUCCUAAUGGAAAACAAAUCGGAACUUGUAACAAUCGAUGGUAUGAUAAAUUACAAUUAAUAAUUUGUAAGAAUGGAACAGCUGGAGUGAAUUUUGAACAUUCUUGUGUAGAUGGUCAUACAGUACUAAGAUUUAUAGGUGAUCUUUAUACCGAAUUGAUUUUAAGAUUUGCUUCUUCUAUCAAUUCGAAAUCUAAAACUUUAUUUAAAUCUAAGGUUUCUAAAGAAGAAAGAAUCGAAUGGAGACCUAAAAAAUUAAAUUGGAUCUUUUCUAAUGAAUUGAAAACCGCUCUUAGGUUUGCUGAAACUAGAUUGUCAGAUUUGAUUUGUCAGAAUGAAGUCAAAGCUUUAGAAUUUGAUGGGUUUGGUAAACAAUUCAUUGUUGCUCAUCAACUUUCACCUGAUGCAUUUGUACAAAUGGCAUUUCAAGUUUGUUAUUUUUCAUUAUACGGUAAAUUCGAAUCAACUUAUGAACCAGCCAUGACUAAAUCAUUUCAUCAUGGAAGAACCGAAGGGAUUAGAUCAGUCACACCUGAAUCUGUGAAAUUCGUCCAAAAGUUUUGUUCAGAUACAAGUAUAAGUGAAAAACUCAAAUCAUUAAAACUUGCAUGUGAAACUCAUAGUACAUUAAGUAAAAGAUGUGGAAAUGGAUUAGGACAAGAUCGAAUCUUAUAUGCAAUGUUUAUACUAUGUAAUGGAGAAGCCACGAUUUUUAAAGAUUCAGGGUAUGGUUUAUUAAAUCAUUCAAUCUUAAGUACAUCUAAUUGUGGAAAUCCUUCAUUAAGGUUUUUUGGAUUUGGUCCUGUAGUAGAUGAUGGAUUCGGAUUAGGUUAUAUUAUUAAAGAUCAUGGGAUUUCAUUCGUUGGAUCUUCUAAACAUAGACAAACUCAAAGGUUUUUAGAUUGUUUGAGAUCUUAUCUUUUAGAAAUUCAAAGAAUGUUAAGAAUCGAAUUUAAUGAAUCGAUCGAAUUGCCUGUCUUAGUUGGAGUUAGAGAUCAAUUUAGUCCGAUUCAAUCGAUUCAAUCGAGACAUUCUACUGAUUAUAAAUGGACAGAUCAUUGGGGUAGAAUUCAUAAAGGUAAUCAAACGAAAGAAGAAGAAAGGAAAGUCGAAGAUCAUGAGGUCUUGAGUGAAGGGUAUGGAUUCUUUGAUUUAGGUGAGAUUGAUUGGUUAGCUGAUCGAAAAAAUCCUAUUGAUCGUAAAGGUAAGAAGUUUAAUAAUCCACCAGAAUCUAUACUUGAAAGAGUCGAAGGAUGA